UGCAAGGAAACGUGCCACACAGCACAGUGACACACACAUACACACACACACACCAUGCAGGCAGCUCGACCUGGACCAGCAGCAGCAACAGAGAUGUAAAAAAGAUGGAUUAGAGAAUUAUGUGCCUCGGCUCAUCAUCAUCAACAUGUUCCCGGGAGUUUUCUAUGCACUGCUGGCGGGUUUCCUCGGAGCUGUGGCGUCGUCGUCGGCCAAACUGUCUCUCGGAGCCGACUACCUGAAGGGAGUGUGUGAAACCGGACUCCGGACGUGGGGAGAGCAGCGGAAAUUUAGACAAGCGGACGAAACUACCGCCUGCGACCGGCUCCAUAUCCCUCUGAGGCUGCUGUGCGGCGGGCUGCUUUUCACCUGCAAUGCUGUGAUGUGGACCUUCCUUGCCAAAGCACUCAGGUACUCUUCUUCCUCCACCCGAACCACUGUGACCACCACCGCCUCCAACUUCAUAUCUUCCGCUUUCCUGGGCCAGCUGAUCUUUGGUGAAGCCCAGAUAACAUUGUGGUGGGUUGGGGUCUCCCUGACGUUCUCUGGCCUGUUGGUACUGCAGAGGGUUUCACCGCAGGAUGGGCAACAUGACGCAGGCGCCAAGGAUGAAUAAUAAGUCUUGUCUCCACUAGUGUUCAGCCUGGCUCAGCUGGCUGUGGUAUGCGGUGUGUUCAUGGUCUGCAUUUCCACUGAUUUUAAGAUCUAGCCAAGAAAAAAUUGAUGUUAAUCUUCCCUCAAUCACUAGUUUUACUAAACAAAUGGUCUCCUGAUUAACGAAAUGGCACUCAAAAUGAAUCCUCCCUGAUGAGGAGGAAAAGCUUGAUUUGUAAUGUUGCUGUUUAUUCUUCAGGUAGGCUGAGAAACACUGCUGCCUCAGCUGUGGCGCAGCAUUGUUUAGGCCUGUUCUAAAAAUCACAGGAGAUGUUGGCCUUCAGCCAGUCUGACCAUGGCGCAGCUACAAUCUGACUAGUGGAGACAAGCUAAUGGAUGCCUGCGACCAGCUUCCCAGAAGCUCUAAAAUCAUCUUUGUCCACAGGCUUAAAAUGAAGCAAAAAUGAUACUAGCUUUACUUUUCUUUUGGGGAAUCUUUCAGUCAACAGCAGCACAAAAACUCAUGAGCUAACAGAACAGAUGUUAAGGAGGGGAAGAGGCUGAAAGGAAUAGUUUGACAUUUUGGGAAAAAUACUUAUUUGCUUUCCUGCUGAGAGUUAGAUGAGAGGACUGAUACCACUGUCAUGUCUGUGAAAUGAAUGUAAAGCAAAUGCUAGUGGCUAGUUAGCUUAGCAUAACAAGUGGAUGAAACAGCUAGCCUUCCUCUGUUUGAAGGUAACAAAAUCUGUCUACCAGCAUCUCUAAGGGCACGGUCACAAAAUUAACUUUGCUUCCGUUCACUUCAUUCACUGCAAGCUAAGGGGCAAAUGAAACAUUUGCUUCCGGUGGCAAAGUAAAUUUGCAUCUGGGCAUCAGGUGGCGUUCAACCAAGUUCAACUUUACUGAACUUUGACUGGGGAAGUCGCAACCUCCACCAGUAGCAAAGAAGUAUGUGUGGAGAAAAUAUUGAUUUGAUUGUUGUAUCUAACAAGUAGAUAUUAUAUGAUACUGGCCAACCUCUAGCUCACCAGGUAGAGUGUGCGCCCCAGGAGGCUUUGACCUUUGUAGCUGCCCGCGUUCAGUUCCGACCGGCCCUUUGCAUGACAUCCCCAUGUCUCUUUCCCACCUUUCCUGUCUAUCCACAGCUGUCCAAUCAAUAAAGGCAAAAACGCAACAAAAAAUUCCCCACAUGAGAGUUGGGAGACCAAUUCACACCACAAUAGCCAAGCAGCAUUGAGCUCCUCCGGGGAUGUAUGACUCCAAGGACGCACUGGCAGAAGUUCAUGCAUCGAUCCAGCAAUUUCAAGCAUGUAUGAUGGGAGUUAUUUGCACGUACUGAGCAAGUCAACACAAAGUGUUCUAGCAUUAAAACAUACGCGAGUAAUGUGAUGCGAAAAUUUGCAUCACGUUUGGUGUGACCACAACAUAACCCCUCCCCUACCCGCCUCUCUUUUUUAAUCUAUCACUUCAUAACUAGCUAAAUGCUAACUUAGCAUUUUCUUCAGGGCUUCCACCGCCGGACCAAGGAGCAAAGAGGGGCCGAUCGCAUAGGUACAGUGGGUGAGACACGGAGCUCUAGGGUGGGUCACGAUAUUCGCAAAUAUUGCCUCAGCAAUCAAAUUUACGCAAAAAGCUAAUUUAUACGUUAUGUCUUGUUUGUUUAAUUUUAGUACAAAUAGUGUUUUUUUAUACAUGUUGAUUUUUGUGCGUAUUCAACAAAUGAGAGGCAGAUUUUGUUACCUUUGGACAGAGAAAGGUUAGUGGUUUCCAGUCUUUAUGCUUAACUAAGCUAACAUCUCUUGGCUGCAGCUUCAUAUUUAAUGUACAGAUGUUAGAGUGGUAUCAAUCUUUUCAUCUAACUCUCACCAAGAAAGGUAUUAAGUACAUUUCCCGAAAUGAACUGAACUGAACUGCUUCUUUAAAGGGAGAGACAGAUAUAGUAAUACAAUACAAUUUGAGAACCUGUGUGCACACUAACAGACUAAUCUGGAGUCUUUUGGGCCGUGCUCAUGAGCAAUGGACAAAUAGCAUCACUGGCUAUGUGCAUGAUGUCACUGUACAUCAGCCUGUGCAUUAUAUAUUGCAGCCGUCAGAUCACCAAAGCUUUCUUAACUCUCACAUUUCCUUAAGUUACUCUGACACUCACUGUAAACAUCCUACACUGAUGCAUUUUAUGCUGCAUGCUUGAGGGGAAGUUAUAAACGAAGCACUUAACUGAUGAGGCAAACUCAUAUUUUCACGAGUAAUAAUACUAAUGUAGCGCGGAAAGGCUCCACCGUGGGUCUUUCUUUUACUUUUCAUUUGCCUUUCUUGACAGCUUGAACCUCAAGAUAUGACAGGUUUUAAUUCAGAGGCAGCUGCUCUUCCAUAUCGUGACAGACGUGUGCAUGUUCCUACCGAGGCUUGAACUCAAAUAUCUCACACCAAAGCAUCCUGGAGUGUCAGUCCACAACAGAGUGACGUCCCUGUGAGCUGCUUCAUGUUAUUAAUCUCACAAUCCUGUUACUUCAGUGUCCAAACUGUCUCUCCAGUGUAAGAGAAACCACACAGCCUCAUGGUUGCUUGUUGAGCUUUAUGCACCCUGUUCUUGCAAUCUCAUAUUAGCCUCUCCAUCACCCAUCAUCCCUCUGGGUUUCAAAGACACUUUGCUUCAUUAAAAGCUUCCCUCUACAUCCCUGGAGUCGUCAGAGUGCAAUAACAUUAAACUUCCUUUAAAUCUCAUAACACUGUGAUGUGUGUAACAGCGAGGGAGUUUUAAGCAUUAAUAAUUGAGCAUAGAAAAUGGCAAUACAUGCUGCUAGAGGGACGUUUCUGUUAGCAUAAAUCAGCUAAGUGCAUAUACUACUAGUAUACAGGGGUUUGACAUGAAAGGUUGCUCUACUUAAUGGUAUUUUAAGAUCACAUUUUGCUGUUGUUUGGAUACAUAUCAUGAUAUAAAUGCAUAACGGUAGCUAUAAUAUCUGUCUGUAAUAUUCCACAGCAGCAACGCACAAAUAUAUGAGAUGUCCUUCCAGCCGCUGCUGUGCAGGUUUUGUAUCAUGUGAUUUACAUGCAUCCCUAUCAAUGUGACUGCAGUGACAAUGUGAUUAUACAGCUCUCAUGUUAAAGGCUGGCUGAGUGAUGUUUCAUAGCAGGGCUGCAAUCACCACGCGGGAUUCUUUAGCUGUGGAGAUCACUCACAGACACGCAGAAUUUAGCUGUUAGUGCCUCCACGUUUUGGCAUCCUGGGUGUGUUGCAUUAUCUAAAAGAAUAGUUUAACGUUUUGGGAAGUUGUGCUUAUUCACCUUCUUGCAGAGAGUUAGAUCAGUUUGAUACCUCUCUUACAUUUGUCUGAUAAUAUGAAGCUGGAGCCAGCAGCCAGUUAGCUUAGCUUAGCAUAAAGACCGGAAAGCUAGCCUGGCUCUAUCCAAAGGUAAUAAAAUACACCUAUCAGCACCUCUAAAGCUCCCAAAUUAACACGUUAUAUCUAAGUUGUUUAAUCUGUGUAAAAACUGAAGGGUAAAAACAACAAUCUGUGAUUUUACAGAGGGUUAUGUGUAGGAUUAUAUGUUCCUGGAGUCUUGUCACCACUGUUGGGUUGCCAGGCAACCAGCGGGCUAGCAAACAUUUUCGUGAUCUUUAGGCCCUGCCCACCAAACCAUUUUUUCCACAGCUGGAAACGGCAGGCGCUCCUCAGGAAACGCUCAGCUGGGAGCGUUUGAGAGUGCUUUGGAGGCAUAGCGGUUUUUUAGCUGAGAUUUCUUUGGUUGCGUCUGAUUGGUUUAGAUAUGAAUAUCUGCAGAAGUGAAAACGUCGGCACGAGGUAGAAUACUUGCUCUGUAUGAAGCAAGGGCUGAAGCAUGUAGGGAGACAAGAAAGACCCGCCUAGCUUUUCACUCUGUUUGGAGUCUUCAUGCUAAGCUGAGCUAAGCUAAGCUAACCAGUCCAGCCCAGUUCAGAAUAAUUAUUUGCAAAAAGAUGAAGCCGUUUAAGAACAUUGCAGAGAAAAGUUGCAACAGUGUGAACUAGCAAGUCUGAGCUCGACUCAGGCCAGCUGAUGGUGUCACCUGCAACUCAGCUGGUUUUAGAACUUAAAGCAUGUCACCUGUUUUAACAGCUAAUCAGCUUGUAGUAAAGUCCACUGGUCUAGUCAAACAACCGCAGACGAUAUGUUUGCUUUCUGCGGCAGGUGCUCCGUCUCCGUCGAGCCCUCUGUUCCCGUCCUCACGGUGUGCCGAUAUCGGACGGUGGGUCACUGUUUCAUCACUACUACAAAUGCAACUGUAGCCAGUAUCUCAUUAUCACUACCCUCAUUCAUAUUUUAAGAAGCUACAAGUUAUAUUCAGCCUCAAAAUAAGCCUGAAAAGCUGCAAAUCAGAACGGUAGAACAGACAGUUGUUGCUUAGAGAUGAUACACCAUCUCAUCUGGUUGCAUUGACGUGAACCGGCAGGUUUUUAGAACACUGCAGAAUGGCGCAUUGGAAGUAGUUGCAUGUUUCGCCUUGUCUCGUCAUUUUUAUCUGAACUGGGCCUAUUGUAGGUUCUGUUAGCUGCGGAUAGAGCCAGGCUAGCUGUUUCCCCGUCCUUAUUCUUUGUGCUAAGCUAAUCUUACUAGCUGCUGGCUGGAGCUUCAUAUUUAUCGUACAGACAUUAGAAUGGUGUCAAUCUCAAUGACAAAGUGACAAAGUGAAUUUCCCAAAAAUGUCAAACUGCUCCUUAACCUACCUUUAAUAUCUGUAAUCUUUGCUUUUGACUCUGAAGAUUUUUUGGUGCCUGGCUUUCCUCCAGUUAACAGCAUGACAUACGAGGGUAAACCAUCUACCUGUGAACCCACUUUCACUGUAACAUAACUAUUUGGAGCUUUGCAAAAGCCACAUUUAUAGCUCUGUGACAGCCGCAUGGCCCUGAGUGUGAUGUAUUUAUAUCCGUGUGCACAUAAACUGUUGAUGUGGCUGUACAGAGAGAUUAGAAAACCACUGACAUACAAUGUUGACCUGACACGGUGUGUCACAGUGACGAGUUAAUGUGCUGCACUGCAAGAAAACGGCAGUAGAUUUAUCAACACUUAUCAAUUUUGACUCGUCUCUUGGGAGAAUAAUGGAAGGAACUGAUUUUGCAUUAGUUUGUUGGUACUCUUUAACCUAAAGGGUGUGCAGAUCAGUCACUACUUUAAUCUGAAGGUGGCCACACAUUAUGUUCAACUUUUUAACACAAAUCGACAUAGCUUGAUUAGAGGGAGUGACUCUGUUUGCCCUGUUAUAAACCAUCAUGAUGUGUCUUACAGAGUAUGUGAAACAGACAUUUGUAAAAGUGUAAAUAUAUUCUGUUCAUAGGAAACACUUAAAGAGGAUGUGUAUGUUUCCAUCCGCACUGAGAGAAAAAACACUGUUGAAUUAUUAAAUAAACAUCUCAU